AUGGCAUCGGUAACUGGAAAUGCUACUGAAACUACAGCAGGUCAAGAAAAUGGCAACCAACAGAAUGUCGUUGACAGAGUGACUAGUCUACCACUUGUGAGUUCUGCAUGUGACCAUGUAUCUGCUGCAUAUACAAGUACCAAGGAGAGCUAUCCUGCAGUAAAGACCAUCUGUGACCUUGCUGAGCAGGGGGUGAAGACCAUAGCCACUGUUGCUGCCAGUGGUGCUAAACCUCUUAUAGACAAACUGGAACCUCAAAUUGCAGUAGCUAAUGAGUAUGCCUGUAAAGGUUUGGACAAGCUGGAGAAGUUGCCUAUCCUUCAUCAAGCUACAGACCAGGUUCUUCCUGAAACUAAGAAGCUGCUAACAUCUAAGAUGGCUGAUCUAAAAGAAUCAGUUGUGGACAUGACAGCAGCUGCUGUGCAAGGCAAUCUGGAAAGAACUAAAGCAGCUGUGGCUGAAGGUACAAGUGCUGUGGGUCAUCUAGUAACCACUGGCAUAGAUAUUUCUCUCUCCAAAUCUGAGCAGCUGGUUGAUCACUAUCUUCCAAUGACCAAGGAAGAACUAGCUGAAGUGGCUGUUUCCACCAAAUCUUCAGACACUUUGCCACAAGAACAGAGUUAUUAUGUGCGCUUGGGAUCUUUAUCUUCCAAAGUUCGUAGUCGUGCAUACCAGUACUCUAUUGCCAAGAUGCAGCAAGCAAAGCAAAAUGGCCAGGAGACUCUCUCUCAUCUCCACAAUUUUGUAGAUUUGAUUGAAACGGCCAACAAAAGUGCCGAAUCGGCCCAAAUCAAAUUACAAGAUGUUCGAGCAAACUUGAAUCAGAUUCUGCUUGACUGGAAGAAGCAACAGCCUAACUUUCAAGCUGAAGAGCUGUCUGAGAAAACUGAACAAGUUGAAUCGGAAACACUGGCUGUGACUCAGAAUCUCUCUUCUAAACUUCACACCAUCUGCCAGACGUUGUCUUCAAAUGUUCGUGGUUUGCCCCAGAAUAUUGAAAAUCAGGUGCAGCAUGUCUGUAAACUGGCAGAAGACCUCUACAAUGCGCUCUCAUCAGCCACAUCAUUCAAAGAAUUGUCAACACCACUCUUGGUCCAGAGUAAAGAGCAGAUGCUGAAGAUUCGUGAAGCUAUGGAUGGGGUGAUGGAUUACCUGGCUCACAACACUCCCUUGAAUUGGCUAGUGGGACCCUUUAUCCCACAGCCAACUAACAAUCAGGAGCCUCUGGGAUCAAUGGAGUAA